CUCUUGCUGAAGUAGUACUACCAAGUACCGAUCCUCCUCCUCCUCUCUCUCUCUCUCUCUCUCUCUGUGUUCAUUCCUCUUUCGUUUGUGACCAACUUUUCUCUCCGUGGGCCUUUGGCCCUUUCCCUGUUUUGUUUAGGACGAAAGCUGGUUCGAUCGUCCGGACUCUCGUCAACUCUUGAGCCCCGCAUAUAGAUACAGUGAUCGUCUUCUUCCUUUCUUAUCAGGAUACUCGCUCUGCUUCCUUCUCUAUUUUUCCAGUCUUUACCUCUGUACCAUCUUCUUCUUCUUCCUCGGGCUGUUCUUGGUGGCAGAAAUAGGGGAGAGGGCUAGAUAUAGGGGGAAUAAAUACUGUGUCUUAUGGGUAACUGCUGGUUUCGGGGGAGUUCCUACAUUAACAGGGUCUCCACUGCAAAGUCAGAGACUCCCAAGAUCCAGAGCCCGUCGGAGAGGGACCGGAGCGAUGAGAGUAGGCUGCCGUCGAACGCGAGGGAGGUGGAGGCCAUGCGGCUCGACUCGGCCGCGCGGAACCCGCUGACCGCCUUCUCUUUCGAGGAGCUCCGGAAGGUGACUAACGGGUUCCGGCAGGACUCGCUAAUCGGCGGCGGCGGCUUCGGCAGGGUGUACAAGGGUGCCGUGGGUACGGACGGCGGCGGAGACGAGCCCCUGCAGGUCGCCGUCAAGGUGCACGACGGGGAUAACAGCUUCCAGGGCCACAGGGAAUGGCUGGCGGAGGUGAUCUUCUUGGGCCACCUAUCACACCCGAAUCUGGUGAAGCUAGCGGGCUACUGUUGUGAGGGCGAGCACCGGGUGCUGGUCUACGAGUACAUGCCGCUCGGCAGCGUGGAGUCACACCUGUUCUCACGGGUGGUGGCGCCCCUGGCGUGGGCGACGAGGAUGAAGAUCGCGCUCGGUGCGGCGAGGGGCCUGGCGUUCCUUCAUGAGGCCGAGAAGCCCGUCAUCUACCGCGAUUUCAAGACCUCCAACAUCCUCCUCGACCAUGACUUCAACGCCAAGCUCUCCGACUUCGGCCUCGCCAAGGACGGCCCCGUCGGCGACAUGUCCCACGUCUCCACCCGCAUCAUGGGCACCUACGGCUAUGCCGCCCCAGAGUACAUCAUGACAGGGCACCUGACGGUGAUGAGCGACGUGUACAGCUAUGGGGUGGUGCUGCUGGAGUUGGUGACAGGGCGCAAGUCGCUGGACAAGUCGCGUCCGGUGCGGGAGCAGACGCUGGCGGACUGGGCGCUGCCGAUGCUGACGCACAAGAAGAAGGUGUUGGGGAUCCUAGACCCAAGGCUCGACUCUGACGACUACCCCGUCAGGUCCGUGCAGAAGGCGGCCAUGCUCGCGUACCACUGCCUCAGUAGCAACCCCAAGGCGCGGCCGCUCAUGCGCGACAUCGUCGCCUCCCUCGAGCCGCUGCAGCAACCGGACCUCAUGCCCGCCAACGUGUGAUCCUCAUUUCAAGUUUUGGUCCAGGCCUUGCAGGUGCUGUCAGAACCAUCGCCUCUACUACAGCUCCUGGAAGCAGGCAAGAAUUCAUGUGAAAAAAUAUGUGUGUGAUUGCCUAGUAUAGCAGGCAGGCAGGUGUAGUGUUCCUGAUGUUGUAAAUGAUUGUUCAUUCUUCCAAGUUGUGGACCCUAGAGGUGAGUGGGUGCAAACGAGCUCUCAUAGUUUGUCAAGAACUUCCUUAGUUUCUUGGGCACACAACAAACAGACCUGUAAACCCUCUUGAAUUUUUAUUACUAGUAGGUGCGUAUAUCAAUUGUUUU